AUGUGCACUCCUGUUGAAUUUACCAUUACCAAAAGAGGUCGUCCGUUAAUGAUAAUAGAUGGUUAUUCUUAUGUACAAGAUCGUCGAACCGACGACAAAACCUAUUGGCGUUGUGAAAAUCAUAAAACUUUUAAUUGGCAUUAUCGCAUACACACAUGUAAUUCUACUAUUACUACAACACAUGUGAAAAUAUUAAAACAAAAUGGUAAUCAUACAACAAGCUGUAAUCGUGAUCAAAUUAAAAUAUCACUUCGAAAAUUUCGUGAAAAUCUUGUCGAUCGUACACAUAAUACUCAAGAAUCAACAGACACGGUUUUAUCACAAUGUAUAUCCCAAUUAUCUGAUGUAGCACUACCAAAUGAUGUUAAUUUUGCUAAUAUUUCUGCGGUUUUACAAACAACAAAACGAAAUGACAUUUUCUUACGCAUUGAUACAGGGCCAGGUCCUGAUCGGCAACUUAUCUUUUGUAAUCCUGAACAAGCUACAAUUCUGGAAUCUUCAAGUGAUUUUUUGACUGAUGGAACAUUCGAGAUCGUUCCAAAUAUAUUCUACCAAUUAUAUGUAAUUCAUGCUGUUCAUCGUGAACAUGUUAUUUCAGUAGCAUUUUGUUUACUUCAACGAAAAAACACCAACACAUAUCAAGAAGUGAUUAAUAAAAUUUUAGAAUUUGUACCAGCAUGGAAUCCUCAAAGUUUAAUGAUAGACUUCGAAAAGGCAGUUAUGAAUGUUUUUUCAACUAGUUUUCCACAAGCAUCUUUAUCCGGUUGUUAUUUCCAUUUACGGCAAAGUAUACAUCGACAAUUGCAGACUCAAGGCUUGCAAAAGCAAUAUGAAGAUGGUAUUGAUUUUGCUCGUGGCAUUCAUAAGAUUGCGGCAUUAGCUUUUAUUCAUCCAGAUGAAGUUACUGAUGCAUUUACACAACUUAGUAUUCAUCUUGGUGAUACAUUUCAAAGCAUGUUAGAUUAUUUCGAGGAUAAUUAUAUCGGAAGAAUUCGUGCUAAUGGUUCACGUUCACGACCAUUAUUUAAUGCUGAAUUUUGGAACGCUCAUGAACGAACGAAAAAUCUACAAAUGAGAACGGAUAAUUCAGCUGAAGCAUGGAAUAGACGUAUCAAAUGUGUUUUUCAAUGUUCACAUCCAACUUUAUGGAAGUUUAUCGACAAAUUAAUAUUAGAAGAUGAUUCACACAUUCAUACGAAGAUUUGUCGAGUUAAUGUUGAUGAACCAAUUGCUAAAAAGAAAAAAUACCAACACCUCGAUAAACGUUUACACAAUCUAGUUUUAAAUCCUCAUCAAGAUAUUAUCAAUCAAAUUACAUCUCUAGCCCACAAUAUUGUUCUCUAA